AUGGAGUCCAACCUGCAGGGGACGUUCCUGCUGAACAACACGCCGCUGGCUCAGUUCUCGGAGGUGAAGGCCCCCGUGUGCCAGUACUCCGUGCAGAACUCCUUCUACAAGCUCAGCCCCCCGGGGCUCGGCCCCCAGCUGGCCGCCGGGACCCCCCACGGGAUCACGGACAUCCUGAGCAGGCCCGCGGCCACCCCGAACAGCAGCCUCCUCUCCAGCUACCCCCACGUGGCGGGCUUUGGCGGACUGGGCUCCCAGGGCGUCUACUACGGACCCCAGGUGGGGAACUUCCCCAAGGCCGCCAGCGAGUACCCACCCCGGACCCGGAACUGCUGGGCGGACUCGGGCCAGGACUGGCGAGCCGGGCGGCAGUGCAGCCACACCCCGGAUCCCCUGAGCGACAGCAUCCACAAGAAAAAGCACACCCGGCCCACCUUCACGGGACACCAGAUCUUUGCCCUGGAGAAGACCUUUGAGCAGACCAAGUACUUGGCCGGCCCUGAGAGGGCACGGCUGGCCUACUCGCUGGGGAUGACGGAGUCGCAGGUCAAGGUGUGGUUCCAGAACCGAAGGACCAAGUGGCGCAAGAAGAGCGCCCUGGAGCCGUCGUCCUCCACGCCUCGGGCGGCGGGCGGCGGCGGCGGGGAGCGCGCGGCCUCGGAGACAGAGGACGACGAGUACAACAAGCCGCUCGACCCCGACUCGGACGACGAGAAGAUCCGCCUGCUGCUCCGCAAGCACCGCGCCGCCUUCUCGGUGCUCAGCCUGGGCGCGCACAGCGUCUGA